AUGGAUUGGAUCAAGUUUCUGUUUCUAUUGAUGGCUUCGGGCUGGAAAAGGGGGAACUCUUGGAGAUUGACAUCACAGUCGUCUAAUUUGAGCAAGAUCCGUCCUCGGUCAGGAACAAUCACACCGGGAAUUUUGCUGUACGCUACCUUACCAAAAGGCUAUGAAGAGGUCGGUACACGACUAAUCCAAGAAGCUGGUAGACAAUGUGGAAUAACAGAUGACAAUCGGCUGAAGGCGGAAUGGAAAGCGGGACGCAUAAUAGUGACCGUUUACGGGGAUUCCUACGUUUCGGAUCCAGUCGAUAGUGAUGCCGACUUCGAAGAAGGCGACGACUACAUCGACAUUGAUGACAGAGAAAUGGAGCAUUUAGAGGUAGCGGUAAAUGCAGUUGCAUCACCUCCCCCCGGUGCCGUCGAUGUGACCCAGCUGACUCGCGCCAUAAAUGCAGCAUUUGACGCCGACGAAGUGGGGUUGGCAAUUGCCGAGGCGCAUGAAGUGGAAGUUACAACCCCCGGCGCUUCCGACGAACUAAGCGGUAUCAUGUUUCAGUCUUACCGUGGAUUUGAUGUUAUUGUACAACACAUGGACAAAAAUACCAAGAAGCAAAAGAUUAUCGAAGGACGAUUGCACGAGAGGAACGACGAAUUUACGGUAAUCAACAUCAAAGGGCGAAUGAAGAACCUCAAAAAUCAAGACAUUAUAUCGGUCAAACUACCAAAAGCAAAACGAGAAAAAGGAUCCCAGUGA